UAGCGCUUCAUUGAAAUAAUAAUUUGUCACGAAACCGUUUGCAUAAUGGCCAAUGAAAUGCUCAUGCACCAGACAGCGGUUUGGGGUGGCCGCCUCCGUUUCAAUUAAAUUAAAUUUCCUUCCAGCAGCCACGCGCUUCACCACCCAAACGGGUUGCUAACGUAAACAAACGUAAAGAAAACCGUGUGCGAUCGAGUAGGCGCCCCUCGUCUCCGACGACGACAACGCAUACAAGAAGCAGGCGAUGCGCGCUUUAGGGUUGGCGUCGGCAAGCAGCACGGUUACCGGCGGUUAUCUCUCCGUUUGUAAGUUGCGCGCCCCGGCAAAUCGUGGUCCUAUUAUCGGAACCAAUUUUGACCAAUCAACCUACAUCGAGUGCCGUGUCGGCGGAGAGCACAUUUCGGCGAUCGUAGUCGUCGUUGCUCGCGCAUUCGUUGGGUUCUAGUCGAAGGGGCUGGGUGUGUCGUGUGUUUUUGGGCGGAAGAGAAAAAUAGGAUCGUCGCAUCAUGUUCGGUCUGUACGUGGCGCUGACGGUGUUGGCCGUUUGUCUGUAUUUCAAGUGGACCUGCAGCUACUGGCAGCGAGUGGGCAAUGUGGCCGGUCCAAAGCCGUUGCCACUGUUUGGUAAUCUGCUGGAGCAGCUAACCGGCCGGAAGCACUUUGGUGAGAUCUUCGAGGAGAUGUACCGUUCAUUCCCGCAGGCACAGUGGGUCGGGUUCUACAAGAUCGCCAACAAACCCGGCAUCAUCGUGCGUGAUCUGGACCUGGUGCGCGACGUGCUGGUGAGCAACUUUUCCUCGUUCAACGAGAAUGACUUCCACAUCGACGAAACGGUCGAUCCGCUGUUGGCCUUCAAUCCGUUCGUCCAGAGCGGGGAACGCUGGAAGCUGCGGCGCUCGCAAAUGACCAGCAUCUUCACGAUGAACCGGGUGCGCGGUACCUUCCCGCUGGUGCAGCAGGUAGCGGACGACUUCGUGAAGUACAUUGCCCGUACCCAGCAGCAGAAUCGAGACAUUGAGGCAAAAGAUCUUUGUAUCAAGUACACCGUGAAUGUGGUGGCGAGCGUAGCAUUCGGUAUCGAUGCCGAAUCGUUUACAAACCCAAACGCCGAAUUUCCACGCAUGGGCAACGCUCUUUUUGCCCCUUCUUUCCUUACUGCACUCCGCUCACAGCUGGCCCUAUUUGCACCGGAUCUUGCAAAACUACUGCGCGUACCCUUCGUACCGGGAUAUGUGGAUCGGUGGUUCCGGAACAUGGUACGCGAAACGAUCCGCCAGCGAAAGGUAGAGAAGCGACAGGACCUGUUUCAGGCGAUGUACGAUAAUCUGUCCGAAAAUGGGACGGUCGAGGUGGAUGAAAACUCUAUCACCGGACACUCCGUUACGUUCCUGUCGGAAGGCUUCGAAACCUCGAGCACGAUGAUGUGCUACCUGCUGUACGAGCUUGCGGCCAAUCCCGCCGAGCAGGAGAAAGUAGCGAAAGAGCUGCGCACGGUGCUGAAAGAAACGGAUGGUAAGCUGACCGAGCCCAGUCUGCAUAAGCUGACCUACCUGGAGGCGGCUAUGAUGGAAACGUUGCGCAUGCAUAGCCCUGUCUUUACGUUGCCCCGCGUUUGCACCAAAGACUUUGAGCUACCACCGCAGUUCCCGAACGAUACGAAGCAGGUAACAUUGCGGCGUGGCACUUCGGUAAUCAUACCGGUGUACGCGAUCCACCACGAUCCGGAGAUAUACCCAAAACCCUUCGUUUUCGACCCGGAGCGGUUCACGGAAGACAACCGCAAUUCGAGACAUCGCUUUGCAUUCCUUGGUUUCGGUGAGGGACCUCGUCUGUGUUUGGGUAUGAAGUUUGCGCUGCAUCAAACCAAGAUUGGAAUUGCGUCGCUACUCACCCGGUAUAGCGUGUCGUUGUCGCCGAAGCAAGAACUUCCUCUGGAGUUUGCGAGGAAUUCGUUCCUGCUAGCACCCAAAUCGGGUGUAUGGCUCAACUUCAAGGAACGGGCUUGAUACGACUUUACUUUAAUACGAGUGCCGUAGCAGCUCGACGAUAGGUAGUAGAGGAAAUAAAAUCCGUGGACCA